GGGAGGGGUGGGGUGCUUCCUUGUAUGUUCAAGCGCCGGCUUCUGCCCCGCGGGGCUUGUCCCGGGGCAGGAGGGGCGCUUGGGUCCUGCGCACUGCCGCCCGGCUGUGGCCGCGGGGCGGGACGGCGUCUUUCCCGGACGCCGCGUGUGCCGCUCUCUGAGGCUGUGGAGGGGACUUCCUCCGCCGCCCGUGGGAUGCUGUUAUCAGCAUCUCGAUUAUCUCGCUCUCGGGAGUCUCGAUUUUAAUUACUUCCACCCAGUCACUGCUAAAUCGAUAUGGGUGAUGUUGAAAAGGGCAAGAAAAUCUUUGUACAGAAAUGCUCUCAGUGCCACACAGUUGAAAAAGGUGGAGUGCACAAGACUGGCCCAAAUCUUUGGAGUUUAUUUGGUCGCAAAACAGGACAAGCUGCAGGAUUCUCUUAUUCAGAGUCAAAUAAGAACAAAGGUAUCAUCUGGAAUGAAAAUACAUUGAUGGAGUAUUUGGAGAACCCUAAGAAAUAUAUUCCUGGAACAAAAAUGAUUUUUGCUGGCAUUAAAAAGAGCAGUGAGAGAGCAGAUCUUAUUGCAUACUUGAAAAAAGCAACCUCUUAAAAUGUUACUGCAACAGUUGUAAAGUCAGUGAGAAAAUGUUUUUAAAAUGUUAAUACCUCUUGUGUCAAAGUUCAUGUUUCAGUAUUUUGUUAAUAUUUGUUCAUUAGGUACUGGCAAAAUCAAAUAAAAUCUAAUAUUUUUAGAGGUUAACAAAAUCGGGGGGAGAACUAUAUGUUGGGGUGAUGUAGGUUCCAUUGCCCUUACUAUGCUGAUCCGUUUUCCAAGUAGCUUCUGAUCUAAGGACCCAGUCCUCCAAAUAUGUAUGUGCAUAAUUUCAUUUAAGUCAAUAUUAAUUAUUGAAGUGAGUAUGGAUUCAAUUAUAAAAGCAUUAGGCUAUGUUACUACCUUGACAUUUUUACUGAGGAAAAAUUAAUCAGAAUCUGAGAGAUGUAGGUAACCAGCACAUAGCAGGAUUUAGCCCUAAUGUAAAAGAGCAUGGACAGACAAACAAAAUGGAACCAGAUUAUAGGGAAAAGACUGUUAACUGAUAGUUUUAUGAUAAAAGUCACCUUUGAGUUAAGAUAUUAUAUAGAGAAUCUUGAGGAUGAUACAGCUACAGUUUGGUCUUUUCUUUGGUCUUAGUUUCA